CGUCCCCCGGCGCCGGGCAAGGUGAGCCAGCUUCCCGGAGUCGGCUGCCGCCAGCGCGCCCCAGCAGGGCGGGCAAACGGACGCGAGGGUCGCGGACCUCGCCUCUAGGGAUUUGAACUAAUCGGAUUCAUGUCUUCAGGACACAGUGUGAAGCAAUGGCAAAAGAUGCAUUUCUGCUGACUUAAAAUCAGACUUUUUGCAAACAGAAUGCAGAAAUCCCCUCGCUAUAUUCCUAUUGUGAGCAGUGCGACCUUGUGGGAGAGAAGCACAUCUCCUGCAAAGCCCAGCUCUCAUCAUGAAAGAACUGCUGUACCCUGUUCCCGAUUCAUUGGCCACAUGAAGAAUUUCUCUGAAUCCUUUAAAUUAAAUAGUCUACCUUUUCUACAUUUUCCAGUACUUCCAGAAAGGACUCAGAAUCCAGCAGCAUAUAAAAGUACUUGUACUUGUCAGCACAUAAUCCCCAGGUCUUCGGUAUUUACAGUUUCUUGUGAUGAAGACUGCAGAGACGUGGGCUCCUCCUCAACACUACCCAGUGAAAGGGAUGAGGCUCCACUGACCUUUGCUGUCAGAGAAGAAAGUAUGAAGAGGGACAGAGGAACACCCAAGCAAGCCUGGAGCAGUCCAUUUUUGGAUCAGGAAAUGGCUAAAAAGCCUAUUCUACCCCGCUCAAGAAAACCGAUUCACUUGGAAGCUACAGGAGUGCACAUCAAAAGACACAUGAAACUUCAGAGCCAGUCCUUGAGCAAUGCCAAGGGAGAUUCUGAUCUUGCUGCGAGACCUUUCACAGCCAUCGGCCUCUGCAGAACGAGCCAGCACCCCCUGGGCCAGCACAGCGUCCGGCGGAGUGCGUCGGAACCCGAGCUGGAGGACAGCGUGGCAGCCCCUGUAGGCGCUCUGGCACCUCCAGAUUUCCAGAGCGAACUCCUUGGCGAGUCCGGAAAUCCAGUCGGAAGAGGCGCGGUUGCCAUGGCAGCGGAGAUGCUCCCCAAGCAUCCUCAUGCCCUGGGGGAGAGGAGGCCUAGGGCAGACACCUCCCUCCACCGCAAUCUGGCAGGAGCGCCCCUUCCUCCGUGCGUCGAAGCUUCCACCCAUUUCCCGUCCAAGAGGUUAAUAAAGGUUUGCUCCUCGGCACCCCCGCGGCCGCCCCGGCGCUUCCAUACGGCCUGUUCACAGGCCCUGUCUGGGCCGGUGGUGAAUGCUCGCUUGCAUUGACCGCUGCGAGGGAAUUGUUAGGCGAGCGAGGCCGGCCUUCGAAUCAAUGCCUGCGCCGAACAACAGAAAGGGCCUCAGAUGUACUGGUUUCCACAGAACCAUUGUUAGGCUUUUGUGAAGCAUUUUUGAACCUAAUAAAUAAUGUCAAAAGUCUCUAUC